UGUUGUAAAUGUAGAUAAAAAUAUACUACUUCAAAUGAAUAGUUGUCAGCUAGCAGCAUAACGUGGCAUAACGCGUAGUGUCGUCCAACUGUCAACAUGUCACGAACAGGAACAAAACUUGAUGCUAAAAAAGUGAACUCUGAAUUAUUUACGCUAACAUACGGCGCAGUUGUGGCCCAAUUGCUGAAAGAUUAUGAGAAUGUGGAAGAUGUCAACAAACAGUUAGAAAGGAUGGGAUACAACAUGGGAAUUCGAUUAAUAGAAGAUUUCUUGGCACGGACUAGUUCUGGCCGAUGUUAUGACUUCAGAGAUACAGCGGAGAAGAUCCAAAGCGGUUUCAAGAUAUUUCUGGGCAUAACACCAUCAAUUACAAAUUGGAGUCCGGCUGGAGAUGAAUUUUCCCUAUGCUUUGAAACAAAUCCAUUAACAGAAUUUGUAGAAUUACCAGAUAAUUGUUCAAAUUUAAAGUAUUGUAAUAUAUUAACUGGUGUACUUAGAGGAGCUUGCGAGAUGGUGCAAAUGGAAAUUGCCUGCUGGUUUGUACAGGAUCAACUUAAGAAUGACAAUGUAACUGAAUUACGUGUGAAGUUUGUCAAAAGAUUAGAAGACGCAAUACCGGCAGGCGAGGAUUGAACAUAUAUAGUACCUAAAUGUAUAAAUAUUGUGUUAUUUAUGACCAUGUGUCACUUCAAUGAUAUGGAUUAAGAUAUAUUGUAAUAAUUAGCCAUGUAUUUUUACUGUUUGCAUUCCGUCAAUUUCCAUUUAAGAGUAACAUAUUAAAGAUAUCACUCUUAUGUAUAUGUGGUAGAAUCACAAUGAUAGUAAAAUACAUACAAACUUUGUUUAAAA